AACAGCGCAGUGUGUGGCAAGGACAUCUUCGUUUUUUUAAUGAACAUUAACUCACAUUUUUUGUAGUUUCUCCUGAAAGACAGCAUGCUACCUCCUAUCAGUUAUUCAGAGUGAAACAGCUACCUGCUAUUUUCCUCUACAGGAGUGUAAGGAGCAGCUUUAAAUACAUUAACUCCAAAAAGAGAGUCUAACUAAUCCAGAGAGGAACACCACCCUGCAAUCACUGAAAAAGGAAUUACUUUACUUUACAGAUGUCUUUAUUGCAUGGAUUUUGAGAUCUGAAGAUCUCUAUUAAAAGCUAACUUUAUAACAGACCAACAAAAAAACGUCUGGUAAAUCUGUAACAUCUGUAACACUCAGAUUGUCUAUAGAAGGAUAAAACCAGGCAGUUUGAAUUUUUGACAGUGGAGUGAGCUCUUGUCUUUGUUGUUUUAUUAUUACGAAUGAUGGCUGGUGAUGGAGGUCCAACAGCUACGUUCUCAGUCUGGGACUAUGUGGUGUUUGCUGGGAUGGUCUUGGGAGCUGCUGGCAUUGGGCUCUUUCAAGCUUUCCGAAGCCGCAAGGAAAACAGCAGUGAGGAAUUCUUGCUGGGUGGACGGCAGAUGACAGCAGUGCCAGUAGCCAUGUCCCUCACAGCCAGUUUCAUGUCUGGGAUCACAGUAAUUGGUACUCCUGCGGAGGCAUACAAAUAUGGCACAGCAUUUUGGCUCUUCGCCUUCUCCUACGCCAUCAUGUCCACCAUCACUGCAGAGAUCUUUGUGCCUCUGUUCUAUCGCCUCGGCAUCACCAGUACAUACGAGUACUUGGAGCUGCGCUUCAAUAAGGUUAUUCGAGUGAUCGGAACAUCUAUGUACAUAGUCCAGACAGUUUUGUACACAGGUAUGGUUAUCUAUGCCCCAGCGCUUGCCCUCAAUCAGAUUACUGGCCUGGACCUUUGGGGAGUGCUGGUGGCUACAGGCAUUGUCUGCAUCAUAUACUGUACCCUGGGAGGUCUGAAAGCAGUCAUAUGGACAGAUGUGUUCCAGAUGGUCAUUAUGCUGGCUGGGUUUAUAGCAGUUAUCGCUCGUGGGGCCGUGAUUCAGGGAGGCCUGGGAAAAAUCUGGAUGGAUAACUACAAUGGUGGACGCUUAGACACGUUUAGUUUCGAUCCAGAUCCUCUUAGACGGCACAGUUUUUGGACCAUAGUUGUCGGGGGCAGUCUGAUGUGGGUGUCAAUGUAUGCCAUUAACCAAUCACAAGUGCAGCGCUAUAUCUCCUGUAAAAGUAUGACCCAUGCCAAAAUGUCUCUGUAUGUAAAUAUGGUGGGAUUGUGGGUUACUGUGAGCCUGGCAAUGUUUUCGGGCCUCACCAUGUACUCUAUCUAUAAAGACUGUGAUCCUCUUACUAACAAAGAUGUUAAUUCUUCAGACCAGCUUCUGCCGUAUUUAGUUAUGGACAUAUUAGCAGAAUUUCCAGGCCUUCCUGGAUUAUUUGUAGCAGCUGCAUACAGUGGAACUUUAAGUACGGUUUCAUCCAGCAUUAAUGCUCUUGUGGCUGUCACAGUGGAAGACUUUGUAAAACCUUUGUGGCCCAAUCUGAGUGAAAAGCAGCUGUCAUGGCUUAACAUGGGCAUGAGUGUUUUCUUUGGGGCUUUCUGUAUUGCUAUGGCAGCAGUUGCCUCUUUGAUGGGAAGUAUAUUGCAGGCUGCCUUAUCUGUAUUUGGAAUGAUCAGUGGACCUCUGCUGGGGCUUUUCCUGCUGGGCAUGUUCUUCCGUUGUGCUAAUUCCAUUGGUAGCCUGUCUGGAUUAAUACUCGGUCUGAUUAUAACCUUGUGGGUGGGCAUAGGUGCUCAGGUGUACCCUCCUUUACCUAACAAGACCAACCCACUUCCUCUCAGUGUGGACGGAUGUAAGACUGGAGACACAAACCUAACAACUACAGUGACAGCAUGGCCUAUGACCCCACUGACCACAGAGCCAAGUGUUGUGAGACCAGCUAUUGCAGAUUCCUGGUACUCUUUGUCCUACCUAUACUUCUGCCCUGUGGCCAUGCUGGUGACCAUGAGCACUGGGCUAAUUAUAAGUGCCAUCACAGGUGGCUGUAAACAGGAGAAGAUAAACCCAGAUAUGUUUGUUCGGAAGAAAGACCUUUUCUGCUUCAGCUGCAGUAGAACACGCUCUGAGAACCCUGACUUGGUUGAGAAGACCGGACCAGAGCAUCUGUAUGGCUUGGACAAUCCUCAGUUCACUGACCACGAACUGAAACUGAAGGACAGUGACAAGAUUACCAAGUUAUAAACCAUUCUUUUGUCACCGAAUUCAUAGCAUACUCAUGAUACUGUAAACAUGACAGUACUGGCUACAGGUUGAAUGGACUAAUUCUGUCCAGACAUGGAGAUGAGAAAGUGGUCUUUUUAAUCAAACACUUGAUUACAACUUUCUUUUUUGAUAGCAUGUGUAAUAUUUCAUAACUUUUUAGAGUUAAAAUCUAAAGUCAGUUUAUUUAUUAUUUUGUUUUGAAUUUUUUUAAUGCAAUAAAGACCUAUUAUAGCAGCAUGCUGGGACCAUUGUACAAACUGCCUCCUUAUGUGUGUGUGUAUGUGAGAAAAUGUGUUGUACAGUAUGUAUUCCUGCCUUAUGCUCAUCAUUCCACUAAUAAGUUUCAUAUCUACCGGGUCAGGAUAAAGCAGUUAUAGCAGACGACUGAAUGAAUGUAUGAAAAGGG